UUGAUUUGACCCAACUCUCUCUUAGACCCCUUGGGCUUUCUGAUCUCGAUGAUCUCAUGGUGUGGACCAGUGACGAAAAAGUGGCCAACUUCUGCUCUCGGGAACCCUACACCAGCAAAGACCAGGGCAUUGACUUCAUUGAAAACGCUGCAGCCAGCUUUCUAUGGCGCAGAGCAAUAUGCCUCAAGGAUCGUGCCAUCGGCUGUAUUACUCUGAGCUCGUAUGCUGACGUCGACAAAGCAAGGGAAAAAUCGGCGGAACUUGGCUAUGUUCUGGGUUCCAACUACUGGGGCAAAGGGAUUGUCACUGAGGCUGUAAAGCAAGCUAUCAAGGCUGCAUUCAUCGAGUUCCCAUACUUGGACAGGGUUGAAGCUUUGGUUGAUGUUGAAAAUUUAGGGUCUCAGAGAGUCUUGGAGAAGGCCGGUUUUCAAAGGGAGGGACUCCUCAGGAAAUAUCUCGUUCGUAAGGGGAAGAGCAGAGACACCUUCAUGUUCAGUGUCCUCUUAUCUGAUCUUCAUCCCCAGCUUUGAUUUCUCUUACAAAAUUAUCAUUGCUAUUAAUCAAGUUUUUAAUUAAUAAAACAAUUUGCAUUUCCUGAUUCUCGGCAA